GCAAACACAGUCGCCUGCACAGGAAGGGAGGGAGAGGAGGAUGGUGAUGAUGAGGAUAAGGUCUCAGCAGCGGCUCUUCUCUCUUCACGUAUCUCACCUCCCCUCUGAAACUGUGGAGCUUUUGAUGCUGUUUGCUUAAGCCGCAGCUGCUGUUUGUCUCUGUGUGUUUUUCUACAUUUACUACAAUUCUAUACCUGGUUGCUGCAACAUCUACCACCAUCAGACCGCAGCCAUGUCAGACUCUGAGGACAUGACGGAGUUCGCCAGCAUCGUGGAGCGGAUCGAGCGGGGCGAGGUCCCGAUCAAGAACAUCGAGAGGGAGCUGAUCUGCCCGAUCUGCAAGGAGCUCUUCACCCACCCACUGAUCCUGCCAUGUCAGCACAGCGUCUGCCACAAGUGUGUCAGAGAGCUUCUCAUGCUCAACCAUGAGGACUCUUUUGAUGCCGGGUCCGAGUGCUCCCUGCCGGGCAGCCCCAGGUCCAGGGUGCCCUCCCCGUCCAUGGAGAGAUUAGACAGGCUUGUGAGAUCAGGCUCCAUCUCGUCACCGGGGUGGCGCAGAGGUUCUGUGACUCCUCGGGUCACUGCCAUCCCAUGCCCAGGCUGCCAGCAUGACAUCGACCUCGGAGAGCGAGGCAUCAGCAUGUUGUUCCGCAACUUCACGCUGGAGAACAUUGUCGAGCGCUACCGCCAGGCCGCCCGUGCAGCCAUCGCGAUCAUGUGUAACAUCUGUAAGCCUCCGCAGCAGCAGGAGGCCACUAAGAGCUGCAUGGACUGCAAGGCCAGCUACUGCAACGAGUGCUUUAAGCUGCACCACCCCUGGGGCACUCCCAAAGCUCAGCAUGAGUAUGUCGGACCCACCACAAACUUCAGGCCCAAGGUCCUCAUGUGUCCAGAGCAUGAGAUGGAGAAGGUGAACAUGUACUGUGAGGUCUGCAAACGACCUGUGUGCCACCUCUGUAAACUUGGAGGAUCCCACGCCAACCACAAAGUCACCUCCAUGGGCAGUGCCUACAAGAUCCUCAAGGAAAAGCUAGCCAAGAGUAUCCAUUACCUCAUCAGCAAAGAGGACCAGGUCAGGACUCAGAUUACUGAUCUGGAGCUGCUCAUCAAUCAGACCGAGGAUAAUGGGCAGCUAGCAGAGCGCCAAGCCAAUGAGCACUUUGAGCGUCUGUUUGAGACUCUGCAGGAGAGGAAGUCGGAGAUGCUGAAGUCCAUCGAGCAGUCUCGCAACCGACGACUGGACCAACUCAAGGUUCAGGUGGAGGAGUACCAGGGCAUGCUGGAGAACAGUGGUCUGGUGGGCUAUGCUCAGGAGGUUCUGAAAGAGACGGAUCAGUCCUGCUUUGUACAGACUGCAAAGCAGCUGCACACCAGGAUCCAGAAGGCCACAGAGUCUCUGAGGACUUUCCACCCUGCGUCUGAUCCCUGCUUUGAUGAGUUUGUGCUGGACACAUCCAGAGAAGAAACCCUGCUCAAAGAGAUGUGCUUCGGAGGAGUUCCAGACCCUCCUCUGAUUGACCUGUCCGCUAGCAGAGUCUACAACGAGGCUUCGAUCUGUUGGAGGCUGUCUGAUGACCACCUACCCACAGAUCACCACGUGAUGGAGUAUCGCAGACUGGGUGGGCCGAGCCAGUCCCCGUCCCAGGAGGACGGUGAGGACAGUGGAGUCUGGAGAGCUACAGACAGGGUUUAUGGUCCCAACACUGUGGUGUGUGACCUGGAACCUGACAGCCUUUACUCCUUCAGGGUCAAAAGUUGCAGAAACUCCAUGUUCAGCCCCCACAGCCCUGAGGUCACCUUCCACACACCCCCUGCACCUGCUUUCGGUUUCCUGUUCAGCGACAAAUGUGGCUUCAGCACGGAGCGGUUAAUUCUGAACAAGCGACGGGACACUGUGGAGAGCGUAGCUAGCAUGGCCUUCCUCCUGGCUGCAGAACGUGUGCAGACGGGCAGCUACAUCGGACUGGACUACAUCAUUGGGGACAUGGGCAUCUCUCAAGGAAGACACUAUUGGGCCUUCAAGGUGGAGCCCUACUCCUACAUGGUUAAAUUUGGAGUGGCCUCUGACUCUAAGCUUCUUGAAUGGUUUCACAAUCCGAGAGAUACCAGCAGCCCAAGGUAUGACCAUGACAGUGGGCAUGACAGCGGCAGUGAAGACACAUGCUACGAGCUUUCCCAGCCCUUCACUCUUCUCACUCUGGGCAUGGGCAAACUCUUCAUCCCCAAGACGUCUUCCUCCUCAUCUGUCUCCACAGCAAAUGCAUCGUCAGGCGACCCAGGCAACCGCGUGCUCCCCAUGCCACAGCGCCUUGGUGUAUGCCUAGAUUACGACGCGUGCCGGGUGUAUUUUUAUGAUGCCGACACCAUGAGGUGCCUUUAUGAGAGGCAGGUGGAUUGUUCAGGGACAAUGUAUCCUGCUUUCGGCCUCAUGGGCAGUGGCAAGGUUCAACUGGAGGAGUUUAUCACUGCUAAGAGACUGACCUUCUGAGGCGGGAUGGAGCAUGCUCAUGCAUCCGGACCUGCUUCAGUUUAAUGUUAGGCAUGUUCUGGAAAGAGCAGAUUUUAUUAACAGGGUGGUGGAGUACAAUCCAAACAGAAUUUCUCUAGGUCAGAUGAGGCUGAUUUAAUCAGGACCUUUAGUCCUAAAUGGUAAAAUGAUACAUCUGCUGGAGACUGGCCUAUUAAGAGAUGGCAUGUGUAACGUAUGAUUCAUACACAAGAAUGACGUGUAUACUUUUGUCUAUACAAAAGUCCCCUGAGGCUGGGAUAUGGUAUGUCAAAGGUCUUCUCUACAUACCAAAGUCUCUGUAUCGGUUCAUUGUAUUUGCCCUGGUUUUAAUUGCCAGCUAUGAUCAGCUGUUUGUAUAGUGGAAUUGGCUGAGAAGUUAGUUUUCAAAUAAUUUUAAGUCUUUAUAGUUUUAACAUUAAAACGCCUUUGAGCUUACACGUACACUCCCUCUUUUGCCAGGUACAUGGUAAUAGAUUAUUUUGUGUGUAUUAAAUAUUGGGGGAUCUUUCUCUAACUAAUUGUCUCUAUGUAGCAGCAUAGGUUUAGAUGUAAUCUUGAUGGACCUUAAAGCCUAGUAACUACUUUAAAGCUAGCGCCUUUGUGCCUUUUCUUUUUAAGGAAAUUGGUCCUUUUUAGUUUGCUCUAGCAAGCAGUUGUUGGUGUUAUUGCACAAGCAUUACUUUGAGUUUUACUGUAGGUGGGUUUAUCAUAGACACUGGUGUCAAUGUUAUAACAGUUACUUGUAUUCAUUACUUGCCUAUUCACUCUUGACAUUAUCACAAAAAACACUGCUUUUCUUCAUCACAGUUAUGUUCAGCUGUUUUUGCACACAUUUAUGAAUGAAGCCUUGCACAUGAUAAACCUAACAAUCAUCACAUUUUGAUCACUACCUUGUUAGCUUCUUCACUUGUAAUGUUAACAUAAUGGGCACAUUGAUGUCUCAUGGGGGACUGUCACACUCACACGGGUAUUCACAUUGUACCAACAUAAAUGUUCAUCCUGGAGUAGUCACUUUGAAUUUACAGCCUAUCACUGUUUGCGUGGCACUGAAUGUGACUUCUAACGCCAUAAAACCAGCCAGGUACAAAAACAUCAUGUAGUUCUCUUAAACACCAGUUUUACAGCUGCAUGGUCACUAAUAGCCGAGCAUGUUAGUUCUGGUGCUGCUUCUAAGUGCGAAACACCACUCUGUGGCCUAGUAGCGUUUAAACACAGUUUAAAAAUGGAACACAGUUGUUCAGGUUCUUAAAAGUGCUAUUACACAACACACUUUUCAGUACUUUUUUUUUUUUACACACUAUCAAGACCACCGUUUACCUGCGGUGCUGACGCAUGAACUGUAGCAUUUUAGUUGGUCACUGACGAGCUUGGCUAUCAGAAAGAUCACUUAAGUUUUGAUCGGCUUUGAUUAAUUCUGCUCAGAUUCAAGUCAACGGAGCACACCGGACAGACUGUUUGCUGGGCAACCACACAAGUAUACUCUAUGUGCCUGCAAAUAGGUUUGUUUGUACAUUCAUAUAUAUUUCUUUCUGGAGGGUAAGGGUUAUCUGUGUGUUUUCUCAGGGUUUUGGCCCUGAUCGGGGCCUAAUGCUACCUACCUCUCUGUCAGGCCUGGAAAACCAUAACUACUGUACCUUUCCUCACAGAAAGAAAUUUGGUUUGAUUUGCCGCUCUGUCUGUGUCAGUCUGUUCAAUAUCUUCGCCUUUUUCUUUAAUGUGAGAUAAGUUGAUUUGUCCAAAUGUUUGAUUUUAUUUCCUUGUGUGUGUAUAUAUAUCAUAAUCCAGAGUAUAUGAUUUUCUGUGAAAUAAAACAUCUUAAAUGUUUAUCUGUUGGUUUAUUUGUUUAUGGACUUGAAAGUGAUGUGUAUCACUGUUGGUGCAACUUGGUGGAAGGGUUUUUUCAAGUGGUACUAAUGUAACAACAUUUUACCCACCUUUUUGUGGUGUUUGUUUGAUUUGUCAGUUCAAAUGCUUUGGUUAUAUAUUGUGGAUCACGUACUUGUUUUUAGAUUUAGUUUACAAACAUUUAAUAAACUCAUGCUCUUACAUGUAGCUGGACCGAAACCUCCUCGUAUCUCGAUUUAAAAAAACAAUAUUGGAUUUCUAUGACCGUUUGCGUUUUUAGUUUUUCUGUCAGUUAUUUUCACCCCAACAUUAUAAAGACUCAUACAUGAAACUUGAUUUCUGUAUUUUGAAAAUGACUGUCUUAAGAUCUACAAAACAUGUAUAUGCAUUUAUGAAUUUGCAGGGCAGGUUUACAGUUUCACAGAAUGUAUUCCUCGUUACAGCGGAAAUGGCUGAAUGUUCUUUGGAUUUCUUUAUUGGUUUUGUUUCACUUGGUCGCUGCACAAUUGCAUGUAGUUAUACAAAUCUGAACAUCUCAUCUAAUGUUACAAAUUAAAAUGCAUCCUAGAUUGCUUUCAAAAAUGAAUUUAGAACCAAAAAAUAUUGCAAGCUGGCUAUCAAUAUAUUUCCAAGCUGGCACUUUAAAAUGUUUGGCUCUGCAGAUGUGUAUAAUAAGUGUGUGUGCAAUAUUAUCAAACAGGCUUUAGGUUAAGCCAGACGUAAGCAUAUCAAGACAAUUUGCACUGCAAUUAGUUUGUUUACUUUGUGGUUUUGAAUGGCAUUUUCCUUAAUAUAAAGGUUAAACAAUACUUGAA